AAUCUGAUUUGGACUUUCUAACAUUCAUUUUCCCACUACACUGUUUCGAACAGGCGCGGACACUGUUCCUUUUUCGUUGUUCGAAAAGCAUCUAAGAAGAAGAACCCUAGCUCACCUAAAAUCCCCCAAUCACACUUGUCUGCUUUGAGACAAGGUUGAUGUAAAUUCAUUCUCUUGCUCGAAAAAAGAAAAUGGACAACUCCCAGAAGAAGAAGAUCGAAACCCCAACUCCAAAAUCCAAAUUCGAGGACUCUCCGGUGUUCAAUUACAUUAACAACCUCUCUCCUAUCGAAGCCGUCAGAUCAAUCCCCACUGUUCAGACCUUUAACUCUCUCAGUUUCACUUCCCCUCCUCCUGUUUUCACCUCUCCUCACGCUUCUUUUCACAGAGAGUCCAGAUUCUUCAGAUGUCAUAACUCUGUUGAGCGUUCAAAGGCUUUAGAGUCUCUAGAUAGAUCUGUUUCUACACAAGAAGAAGUUGUCGUAGCAUCAGGUGAAGUAGAUCUAAACAAAGAGGCUACUUUGGAAGACCAAGAAGAAGAUGAAACUUCUCGUGAUCGUGUUGACUCUCCUGGCACUGGAGAUAUUGUCACCCAAGUGCUGUUGGACCCAUCUGGUGUUGCUCCGCAAGGAGAAGACAAUGCUUCUUCUUCUGAGGAUGUCAGUGUGGGACUCCGGAAGAUUCUUGAUGCUCAGAAAGAGAAUGACACUCCUGGUUGUAGACGUUUGAUGGCAGAUGCAGCUGAGCUUUUAGUAUUUCGAUCUCCUAAUGACUCUGAGGCUUUUGGAUGCCUUGUGGAUAAAAUAUCUAGCUCUGAGAGACGUUUCUGCGCUGGUGUCAAGCUUACUAAGCGCCAUGAUAUCACCAAAGAUGUUCAAGCCAAUGAUAAUCAGCCUUUAGCUGUAGUUCCCAAUCAGUCUGUCUCUAACUUGCACCGUGGUAGCAUGAGAAGACGCUGUCUAGACUUUGAGGUUCUAGGGAAGCGGAAGAAGGAUAUAGCUGAUGAUGAUCAGCAAGCUGUGGGUGACAAUAAGGCGGAAUCUUCCUCGAAAUGCGUUGUACCUGGUAUUGGUCUCCAUCUAAACGCCAUUGCUAUGGCCUCAAGGGGCAUUAAGAUCAACACCAUACAUGAGGAUUCAGCAACUGUUGAGAUUCAAAAGAGUUUCUUAGGCUCUACCACCCCGGUUCAGUCCCAAGACAUCAUGCGAGAAACUUUGGACCAAGCAGAGAAUGAGCCUGGGAAAGGGUUAGCCGUAGAAGAAGAAACUCCCAAACCAUUGGUGUUUGAAGAGUUGAAUCAGGACAGCCUUCAGAAAAAGAAGCGUAAGGUUGAAGAACCUGGAGAGGGCGACUCAUGUAAGCGAUGCAACUGCAAAAAGUCAAAGUGUUUGAAGCUUUACUGUGAAUGCUUUGCUGCUGGGGUUUAUUGCAUAGAGCCAUGUUCAUGUGUAGAUUGCUUCAACAGACCUAUCCAUGAAGACACUGUCUUGGCCACCCGCAAGCAGAUUGAAUCUCGAAACCCACUUGCAUUUGCUCCCAAAGUCAUUAGAAACUCUGAUUCCAUCAUGGAGACUACUGAUGAUGCAAGUAAAACUCCAGCUUCCGCACGACACAAACGAGGCUGCAACUGCAAGAAAUCAAACUGUCUGAAGAAAUAUUGUGAAUGUUUUCAGAGUGGAGUUGGAUGUUCCAUAAACUGUAGAUGUGAAGGAUGUAAAAAUGCAUUCGGCAAAAAAGAUGCGUAUUUACUUGCUAUCAUGGAGAGCAAACAAGAGGAAGAUCUGUCCAAAGUCCAACAAAAUCCCAACCUGUCUAAAGAAGUUGAGCAGAACCCAAGUUCUGAUCAACCGUCAACACCACUGCCACCGUACAGACAUACGGUGGUUCAUCAGCCAUUUUUGUCUAAGAACAGGCUGCCUCCUACACAGUUUUUUCUCGGCGCGGGUUCUUCCUCUUUUAGAAAGCCAGACGGUGAUUUAACGCAGGCAAGGAACGAGAAGAAGCCUCUUGAAACUGUGGCAGAAGACAAAACAGAGAUUAUGCCUGAGAUUCUCAGCAAUACCCCUAUAACUACCAUCAAAGCCAUCUCUCCCAACAGCAAGAGAGUCUCUCCUCCUCACAUUGGCUCCUCGGAAUCAGGGCCAAUCAUAGGGAAGAGAACUAAUGGCCGGAAACUGAUUUUACGGUCCAUUCCAGCUUUUCCUUCUCUUAACCCAAAUCAGUGAAAUAAUAGCCUUUUGGUCAAGCCAAGGAAACCAAACUAUUUGUAUCUUUGUAAGGUUCUCUAUAUGAUUUCAAGUCUAUCACUGUUUCAUAUUAUAAGCAACAUGUUAUUGUAAGAUACUUGUCUUUUAGCAGGUAAUGUAAUAUCGCAUUCUAGUUUAUGAAAAGC